AUGAACGCGGCGUACGUAAAACCACCUAAACCGCUGGCAGUGGAUACUGACAACGCAGCACAGGCAUGGAGUCAGUGGCAUCAGCAGUACACAUGGUUUUCAGUGGCUGCAGAACUGGAGAAAAAACCAGCGGAGAUUCAAGUGGCCACGUUUAUGACGGCAAUAGGGCCGGAGGCACUUAAUAUUUAUAAUUCGUUUUCACUAAGCGAUGUGGAAAAAAAGAGUGUCUCAACAAUUAUAAAAAAGUUUGAUGAAUAUUUUGCACCUAAAGUAAACGUUACUUUUGAGAGAUACUCAUUUAACAUCAUGACACAGAAAUCUGGGGAACCGUUCGACGAGUUUCUAACGAGAAUAAAGAACCAAAGCAGAAAAUGUGAAUUUGGUGAGCUAACGGACGCUUUACUGCGAGACAAAAUUGUUUGCGGCGUUCAAAGUGACGCCGUUCGAGAGAAGCUGCUAUCUGUCGAAGAGAUAACCUUGGAAAAGGCAAUUAAGACUUGUCGAGCUAGCGAAGCAGCAACGCAACAACUAAAAGAGCUUCACAAAGAAGACACGGAGGUUAAUGUUCUAAAAAAAGUAAAACAGAGAAAUGCACAGUAUGCGCACUCGUCCUACUCAACUCCAAAAGCAAAACUAAAGCAAAAAGAGCGCGAGUGUAGGUUUUGUGGGUAUCUGCAUGAGGAAAACCGUUGUCCGGCCUACAACAAAAGUUGCAAUCAAUGUCACCGCAGAGGGCACUUCGCAAAAAUGUGUUUAAGCAGAAAACAACGAGUAUUUGAGCUUACUAAAGAAGCGACGCCAGAACGAGUAGAAAGCGAAGAAAAUAUAAGUGAAGACGAAUUGUUCGUCAACACAGUUAAUACAAACUUCGACACUAGCCGCAGCUGGUGUGAGCAAAUUAUUGUUGAAAAUAGAACAAUUAAGGUGAAGCUCGAUUCUGGAGCUCAGUGUAACGUCUUACUGAAGUCGAUUUGCAAUAAAAUGAAAAUUAAAAUUUUACCGGCUACAACGAAAAAAUUGGUAGCUUUUAACAACAGCAAAGUGAGUGUAUGUGGCGAAAUUAACGCGAAGUGCCAAGUCCGCGACAAAAAUUUAACAAUUAACUUCAAAAUUGUUGACGGUGCAGUUUCGCCUUUACUAGGAAAAGAGGAUUGUGAACGAAGCGGCCUAAUUUUGCGAGUAACCGAACUAAAGUCGGACGAUGAAAUCUUCAGUGGGCUUGGAUGCGUGAGGAACUAUGAGUAUGAUAUAGAUUUGAUUCCAAAUCCCCGCUUCGAGACAUAUGCUGCAAGGAAAGUGCCUCAUAGUAUACGGGACGAAGUAAAGAAGGAAAUUGAUAAAAUGAUACUACCCACUAAAGACAGUUGAGGAGAUAGUAGCGAGAGUUAAAG